AUGUUUCUCCAAACAGAAAAAGAAGUGCAGAGUUCGCCUCGGGAUUGUGAGCCGCUGUCCAUCGCCGUUCCCAAUCCCACCCAAACUGACGUCAUUGGACGCCAGCAUGUGGAAGGAUCACAGACCUCCUCCCCUUUUAGUGCUUCUUCUGUUUCCCUGGCUGUCUCAACUCAGUUUUCCUCCUCCUCCCCUGCCCCCCAGUCCUCCUCUCCAAACCCCCUGGACCACCAUGGAGAGACCAACAAAGACAGUGAGACUGCCAGAGAUCUUAUGAGCUCUGAGGUCAAAGAGGUGGGGGCAGUUGUUCCACAGACAAAGAGAAUGGUACCCCUAUUUGCUGGCAUCGCAGAGGCCUCCAUUGACCUGAAGGCUUCCUCUGUCUCCUUGGAGAGGCCAUUGGUCAGGUCUCGGGAAGCCAUGGCUUGCCUCCCCAACCUGGUCAGCAAGAGUAGCACCCAGCUGGGGGAGCAGAGCUGCACAGGCGAGGGCGAAGACAACACCAAGCUCCUCGGGUUGCCUAAUAUUGGCAACACCUGCUUCAUGAACUCUGUUCUGCAGUGCCUGCUGGGGCUGCCAGCAUUUUGCAGAGACAUCCUGAGACAGCAGAACAUCUGGAGUUCCUCCCCCUCCUCUAAACUGCUAUGCUGCUUUGCCAAGUUACAUCAGGCCAGGCUUUCUGGAGGCACUGUUAAUGCUAAGAACAAGGAAUAUAAGAAAAUCCUUCAAACAGUCAAGCGCUGUCUUUCAGUUGUCAAUGAGGACUAUGAGGAAGACUAUGAACAG